AUGAAAGAGACGGGCCUGGGGCGAGGAGUUGAUACAGGUGGUUUGGGUAUCAGACACCACUCGCCCCGUGCCCUCAAGACCGAUCCUCCACGCCUUGGCGCUCUACACGGUGAAAACAAGCCCCUCCACCCCCUGGCGUCAGAAGUGGGCAAGGACAACCCCACUCCCCCUGGCCUCAACCCCCUCCCCCUGGCCCAACCACCCAAAUCCCCCACCUUGGCCUCGAACCUCACCUCUGGACCACCGUCUGGCUCAACCCCUCCCCCUGGCCUCAACCCCGCUCCCACUGGCACAGAAUCAAAAACUGCGCCCUCCAAUACUCCACUGGACCUCCACAACCCUACUCCCACCCUGGCCUCGGAACCCGGCCCUCGCCCGCUGGCGCUCAACGCCACCUCAACCACUGAGCGCGUCUGA